AUGUUCUUUUUCUUUAAUGAUCCAUUCCUUUUUUCUUUAUUUUUCUUCCAUUCUUUUAUCCAAUAUACUUUUUCCUCAUCAUACAUUUAUUUUUCUUUAUUAUUCAUUUAUUCUUUCCCACCUCUUAUUUAUAGUUCCUUUCUUUUCCCAACUCAUUUCUUUUUCCCAUUUUCUUUUUCCUUUCUUCUUUCUCACCUUCUUUUUCUUCAUCAUUCCUUCUUUUUUUCUAAUAUCUUUUUCUUCAUUGCUCUUUUCGUUGCUCUAAUUUUUCUCUUUCUUCAUCAUUCUUUUUUCUCUUCUAAUCUUUUUCUUAAUUAUUCCUUUAUUUUAAAAAAAAAAAAUUUUUCUUCAUCAUUUUUUUUUCUAAGUUUUUUCUUCAUCAUUUCUUUGUUUGAGUUUUCUUCUUCUUUAUAUGCCAUUUCCUAUCAGGACAUAGGCGAUCAUGGCCCGCCUCAACUUCCUGUCCUCUGUAGCUCUUAA